AUGGCUAAAAGAGAAGGUAAAUAUAGAAUCUGUUUUCUUUUAUACUUGUUGCUAUGAUUCAUGAGCUUUCAGUAGUGAUGGGGGCAGUCAGUUUAUAGCAGGUAGUGUCACUCAAUUUUUAUUAUACAUUUUGGCACUCGUGCAUUUUGCAUGAAACUGAAAAAGAAUGGUUGUAAGCACAAAAGAAAUGCAAGAAGCAUGUACAGAAGUCCGGAUAGUGAAAAGUAAGCGAGGAUUAAAGUUGGGUUUUAUUAAAAUUUAUAAUUGACAAAUUGUACUUGGCAGUCUAGCAGACACUUUUUCAAAUUUAGCUUUCAGGUCAAUUUUUAGGAAAACAUCGUCUUGCAUCUUGCAUGAAAGUUUAAAUCUGUUCUAUAUGACCCUUCUAUCAUAAGACAUUACUAUAUAAAGUCCAUUUACAAUGUUUUCAAAUUUACAGACAUUUUUAGUAAAAUAACAUGACAGUGGCCCUAAUAUAUUCUACGAACUAAAACAAAAACUGAUUUCCCCCUUUUUUUAGAAUUGCCAGAUAUCGAUUGCUUUAUCCAUUCUGUUUCGCCUCUCAAGAGAUCGGGUGCAACAGAGUACAUCAAUUGUGACAUCCAGACAGAGUCCGCUGUGGUUAAAGUGUAUGUUUUUCAACUGAAAAAGGGAAAACUCUAGAAGCUGUUGCACCACAAAAAUCACCUGUCAAACUAAAAAAGUAUAACAUCAGCACAAAGUAUGGAAGACAAGAUAUUGUCAUUGACAAAAAAACGUGCCUCAUCCCAACAACAGUUGCCUUCGACUACACAAGUUUGGACAAAAACAUUUCAAUUGCCUCGUUGUCAGAAGUUGCACCAGACCAACUGGUAGCCAUAAAGGCCUGCGUAACGCACUUGUCACCAACAAAAAGUGUCGUCCUGCAAGGAGGCCCAGUACGAAAGCAGCAAUGUUAUCUUUCUGAUCCGUCCGGAUUUAUGAAGUUGAUACUUUGGGGUAGCCACACUGAUACAAUCCAAGAUGAUGCAACAUACAUUUUUAAGAAAGUGAGAGUUAGAGUGUCAAGAGAUGAGAGAUAUCUAAACACGCCAAAGAAGGAAGAUGACUGCAUUAUAACUCCAGUCGAAUCCUUUACAGAAAGCCUUCCCACUGUUGAAGUAGUGUCAACCAUUAAAGAGUUGACAGCAAAUAUCCUGGGCAUUACAAAUGCAACAAAGAGCCAAUGUUGUUGUUCUUGUGGCAAGAAGGUGAUCAUGAAGGGUAAGCUGGCAUACUGUGAAAGCUGUAAGAUGUCACAAAAAGCCACUCGUUGCAAGUGUCAGUGGUACCUACGUUUUAUGCCGAGAGUGUUGAUCACCCUGAAGAGAAGGUUCGCCUGUCUGUCUUUAACGAUGUGGUAAAAAAGUUCCAACAUUUUUGUGGUCUUGAGGAAGAUAUGUCGGAGAACGAGCUGGUGGAAGGCAUUUUGAUGUUGGACAGCAUUGUUAUUUCAUAUGACAGCCAGAGCAAUAAAGUAAUCGAUGUUGAGGUUAUUGACAUUUAAAAGCAAUGUUAAAGUUGUUGACAUUUCAUAUGUGGACUAUGAGUUGCUAUAAAGUAGCACACUGUUUGUGGUUUGUGCAUUAGGACAUGAGACCACUUCUGUUGUGUUUGCAUGAGUUAAACAUUUGUGUUAAAGUUGUUGAUAUUUUAUAUAUGGACUACAAAUCAGUGUUUGUGGUUUGUGCAUUAUAGCACACAAGAUCACUUCUGUCAUGUUUGCAUUAGUCAAACAGUUAUAGUAACAUAGAGUUAUUCUUUUUUGCUGUGUUUCAAGUUGAUAAAUAUAUUGUAUAAAGUUUUGAUUUCUUUUUAAUUGGGUGGUGUACACUAUCAAAGUUUCUUUGAUCACAGUAAGAAAUUUGCCUAGAUGAAGGAUAAAUUGUAAGUUUUGAAGGAUUUGUAACUAUGUGUUUAUAAAGACAUAAUCAAUUUCUUCCGUUUUUUUAAAAAAUCUCUCAAAGGGCCUGUUCACACUAAGAUCGACCUGAGAUCGAUUUUGCCAGAUCGAUCUCAGGUCAAUCUCAGAUCGAUCUCAAACGUAUUAUUGGAAGAUUCACACUACAUCGAUCCUAGUUAGUCAUUUCAAUUUUUCUUUUGCACGGAUCUCUUCGGAAGCACAUCGUCUAACGUCGUAACAAAAUAUGAUCGGCUCUUCAAAACAAGAUGGCGGCAGAUAUAUCUUUGUCAUUUUGGCUACUAUAAUUGCUAAUUACGAGAAAAAUAUCGAAAGGAAUCGUGUGCGUUUUAGGAAGCAGUUUUUAAAAAUAACAAAUCAAUUGAGAAGAAACGCUAAAAAGCGUGAAGCUUUGUUAUUUUUGUAUUUUCGAGCAUUUGGUAAUCGAUUAUUCACUGAAAGACGGUUUUGAGUUCAAGAAAGUAAAGACAUUGGGUCUUUUUGGGAUAGAAUGGUUGCUCUUUGGAAAGAGGACAGUCUUUGGCUUGAAAACUUUUGAAUGUCUCGGGGAACUUUCGAUUUCGUGUGUCACAAGAUAUCUGGUAAUCUUUUGCGUCAAGACACAACCUUCCGAAAAGCUAUAUCUGUCGAAAAAGAUUUGCAAUUUGCUUAUGGCAUUUGGCGACUGGAGAAGAUUUCCGUUCUUUAGCAUGGCGCUUUGGUGUUGGAAAGAGCACAGCUUGUGAAAUUGUGAAUGACGUUUGCGAAGCAAUUGUAGAUGUUCUACUCUCUACAGUCUUGAAAUGGCCAACUGGUGGAGCGCUACGCACUGUCCUUGAUGGUUUUCUCCAGAUCUGGCGUUUUCCCCAAUAUGCAGGAGCAAUCGAUGGCACGCAUAUCCCCAUUGUUGCACCACCGCAAUCAUCAACAGAUUACUAUAAUAGAAAGGGGUUUUCCUCUAUCGUUCUGCAGGCUGUGGUUGAUCACAAAUACAGGUACAACAACACCUGAACACCAAUCUGUAGAAUCUGAAAUCUGUAGAAUUAAGACGUUUGUUUACUCUUGGUUUAGUUAUAUUUUUCAUUCUUUAUUAUUUUCAGUAGUUUUUCAUUCACGUGAGAGAGUAUUUUUCCUUUAACAAUCCAUUCUAUUUAUUAUGAUCCAUUCCAUCACAACAGUUUCAAGCAUCAUAUUCUUGGCUUUUCAUGUUAAUUAUUAUAGAUUUACAGAUAUUAACAUCAAAUGGCCCGGAAAGGUUCAUGAUGCACAAAUUUUGGCAAAUUCGGGUAUUUUUAGAAAGGCUGAAGCUGGGCUCCUUUUCCCGGAUGUAAGUUGUAUGAAACUUUUUGAGUUAAAUCAUAAUUUUUUUAUUAUUUAAAUGCAACAUAUUUAUGCCACAUUUUGUUAUCUUUCAGAUAACAGUAAACAUAAGUGGGUGUGAUGUACCAGUUAUGUUAAUUGGAGAUCCAGUAUAUCCACUUCUGCCUUGGCUAAUGAAGCGAUAUACAAACAAUGGUAAUCUAUCUCAAGAUCAGAAGAACUUCAAUUAUCGUUUAAGCAGAGCACGACAAGUAGUCGAAUGUGCAUUUGGAAGGUUGAAGAAUAGAUACAGAUGCUUGCUCAGUAAAAGCUACACAUGUUUGGAUUACCUUCCAACUAAAGUUGCAGCAUGCUGUGUGCUUCAUAAUAUCUGUGAGAUGAGGGCAGAUAGUCUUCCAGAUAUGCUUCCUAUUGCUAAUAAUGAUGAGACUGUUAAUGUGGCUGUUCAAAUAGAUAAUGCAAAUGCAGAAGUGAUAAGAGACUCAUUAAGAGAGUAUUUCAAAACUAAUUAA